UUGGAAUCUGUGAGUGGGAUGAUGUGUAGGCGAGUCUUAAAACAAAAUACACGAAUGAUUCAUUCAUUUCACUUCUCUCACAGCAAUCGGAUGCGUGCCUGUGUUCUUCUGCAGCGGAAAUAUAAGCCAAAGGACAACCAUGAUGAUCUUGGCAUUGCUGACACUUCUGCUGAUCACAAAUGGUUCUGCAGAGGAAGAAAUGGUGGAAACUAAAGUGCAUGGCUUCGUUGGACAUGAUGUACUUUUACCAUGUAGCUGUUCCAAUGAGCCUAAACUGGUAUGGCAGAAAGAUGACAGAGUAGUGAGUGUUUAUCCAAAAGACAACCCUAUACACCAGGACUACAUGGACAGGACUGAAAACUUCCUGAGAACGGAGAAAACAAACUGCUCCCUUAAGAUCCUCAACAUCUCUUUUGCAGAUGAAGGAGUGUACACCUGUUAUCGUAUAUACAGUCUUAGCGCGAUUGCCCGUUCAACAAAGUCACUAAAAGUUAAUCUAACAGUGUCUGAAAUCGAAUCCAGCCCUGAACAUAAUCUCUUCACUGGGGUCGAAUCUGUCACUGCUGUCUCUAUUAGUGUUCCCAUACUGGCAGUACUACUACUCGCUGUUGUCGUGAUUCUAACCCUACUGAUCAAAAGACGACAUCGGACAAACACGGACCCUGAUUUACCGGCACAGCAACGUAUGAUCGAAAAAGUGUGAUCUUGCUUGAAAGUAUAAUGGACUAAAUUCUAUGUUGUAAUACAAGGUCCUUUACAACAACACAGACAAUAUGAGGCCUUAGCCCCAAAACAAAUGUGUUUGUAUGUGGGCGUUACAGAGUGGUGCGUUCUGCGUCGAGACGAACGUCGCAAUGUGCAGUCUUCAGUUGUAGCACUGUUACUUAAUUACCACUGAAUACAUUAUAAAUACACUGUGAAUAUACUUCCUGUGAGCAUUACGGUUUGUAAGUUGACAAGGAUCUCCUUGUAGGAAUUGUCUUUAUUCAUUCUUUGAAGAACAGAUGUAAGAGGUGGGGGACAUGCAGUUUAUAUUUUGCCUAUUCCUCUUUGAUUUGAGACACUGGUGGUCUCAUUCUUAAAGGCUUUUCAAAUCACUGUAUUUUAUAGCUCAUGUAUAUUGCAAUGAUUUAAGCACACACCAUGUAAGCGUCUUUAUAUUUAGUCUUGUAUGGGUUGUCUUCCACAGCCUGUGCUGAUUUUAAUUUAUGUGGAAGAAAUAUGGCACUCCCUAUGGGAUAUAUUUGCUUUUUUUUACUCUACUAAAUUUCAUUUACUUUUAAAUGAAUUGUGCUUCAAACCUGCCGAGGCAAUAAACCAUCUACAAAUGCG